UGUAAUAGGCGGGAUAAAGCGCGCAGUGUUCACUUUACAGGCGGGAGUUUCAGCUGCAUUAACACUUUCUGUCCUGGAAUUAUCAUCCUGUUAGUCUCAGCUGUGCUUAGGACUUUUCUUUAAUGUUAGUUAGGGUUUGUAAGUGUGUGUGUGUAUUUUUACAGCUGCUUGUUACAGCUUUAUUACAAGUUAGCUAGCGUGCUAACAGUGUAGCAGUUGAACCGAGGCGGGAUCUGCCCUCUCCAUGGACCUGUCGAACCCCUGGGGCAGAUUUUAACCGAACCGAAGACAAGAUGUUCCGACCCGGGUGGAAAAUGGGCAGCACUUUACUGGAUGUCCAGCAGUUGAACCAUAAACUUGAGACCAACCCCAGCAGUUCAGAAGCAGCUCAUGAGAGGAAGAACGUGGUGUUUGUGGAGCCGCAGGUGAAAAUCUCAGGAAAAUCUCUGGAAGCACAGAAGGUCAUGGGACCUCUAUCCACACCCACAAAGGGCUCAGAGACGCCAACAGGCGAGCCGUGGACACCCACAUCCAACCUAAAAAUGCUGAUCAGUGCUGCAAGUCCAGAGAUACGCAACCGAGAGAAAGAGAAGAACAGCACGGAGGAAACUUUAAACUCCUCUCAGGAUGCAGAACAAGGAGAAGAAUCAGAGAGGCUGCAGCUCAGCCGUAAAGAGAAGAGCCUGGGGUUGCUGUGUCACAAAUUUUUAGCUCGAUAUCCAGAUUAUCCAAAUCCAGCUGUGAACAACGACAUUUGUCUGGAUGACGUUGCUCUUGAACUGAAUGUGGAACGGCGGCGUAUUUAUGACAUCAUGAAUGUCCUGGAGAGCCUGAACAUGGUCAGCCGUUUGGCUAAGAACCGCUACACGUGGCACGGCCGUGCUCAGCUAGCACACACUUUAGCAUUGCUACAAAGAGAGGGAGAGAAACACCACUAUAACCAGCAGAUCCAGCACAUACGUCAAAGACACGCAGAGGACAUGCUGGAGAUGGAGGGAGAGGAGAAAGAGAACGAGGACACCGAUGGAGAAAUCACACAGAGGGAGGCGAGCCUUAGCGAAACCUCCAUCGAUGCUAAAGGGGCGAGCCGUAAGGACAAGUCCCUGCGUGUGAUGAGCCAAAAGUUUGUCAUGCUCUUCCUCGUGUCGAGUCCCCGUGUGGUGAGCCUGGAAAUCGCUGCCAAGAUCCUGAUCGGAGAAGACCAGGUGGUGGACCAAGACAAGAGCAAGUUUAAGACUAAGAUUCGUCGUCUAUAUGACAUCUCUAACGUCCUCAGCAGUCUUAAGCUUAUUAAGAAAGUGCAUGUGACGGAAGAACGAGGAAGAAAACCUGCGUUUAAAUGGACUGGACCAGAUGAUCUGUCCUUACAAGGUUUUCAGGUUGAAGCUCCUUCUGGCCCCCGACCCCUGGAGUCCCGCUCGUCUGUAGAUAACUGUACUAAAAAUCUUUUUUGCUCUCCCAGCACUAAGCGUGGCUUCACACGACAUCAUUCUCUGGUCAAACUGGCCAAAAGCAUUCAGGAAGAUCGGAGGAAGAUUAACUCUGCUCCGACAAGUCCCAUUAAAAUCACAAGUGAUGCAGUUAACGGAGUUUUCUAUCCGAGUAAAAUGGACCACCUCGCUGAGAUUUGUAAAAUGCAGCUGGACCAGCAGGCUGGUAAUGUCCAGAAGCAGAGUGAUGUGAAAGAGACUGCUCAGCUGCAACAGAAGGACUCAGUGCUGUCCCCCAUUCCCCCCGCGGUUACACCAGGGACAGAGGCAUGUCCCCGGACGGUGCAGUUAUCAUUUGCACCUCCUCCGUGUUGCUCCCUGGUUCCUGUCCUUGUUCCCCAUGCCGUGUAUGUCAGCCACACCCCUGUCCGUCCUCGCCCUGUUGCCAGGCCUCUGCCCUCCAGCACCGCAGUGCGCUCCAUGACCUUCGAAAGCCCCAGAGGCCCGAAUGCAACGGUUUCACCUGCGUCCGUAACAAUGCCUGGCCACAGGAAGCUGCACGGGUACGAGUCGGCAAGUCCUGCUCUGAAAAGGAGCUGUUUAGAGAGUUUAGAAAAAAGUCCAAUUAAGAUUCAACGGACUGAGACGAAUUCAAAGAGCUCUUCACCUAAGCUAUGUGAGAUUCUUCAGGCUCGUCUGAAAGAUCGUAGAGGAGCGCUGAACUCCAGCCGUGCCUCAGCCAGAGCUCUGCACCUCGAGCCGGAAUUCAACAAAACACCCCAUAAUAAUCUCGACACUGUGGUGCACAGCAUGGAGCUGCAGCACUUCCUGGAGACAGAGGAGCGGGAAGAGAAAAUACAGAGCCAGGCCACGCCGACUCCGCACGACUCAACUGGACACGCCAGCACAGAGACUCUGCUCCCCACAGGGUAUUUGAUCCCAAUUUCCCAACAGCCUCUGCUUAGCUUUAAAGAGAUUCCGACCUCCAGCGGGGAGACAAAUAAAACACCGACAUACAUCUAUCGCACACCAACUGCAGGUUCGAUAGCUCCUCCUCCUCAGGAGUUCACCCCAUCCCCUCUACGUGUCCAGCGGCCCGCCCAGCGCGUCAGCCCCAACCCUUCCAUCCUUAACUUCACUCUCCAGAACCUUGCUCUGAUCCACAACACGCACAGCGCCGCACCAGCAGCGGAGCAGCCUAGCCCCAUACAGUGCGCACACACACACGCUCACACACCGCUCCACACAUCACAUGGCAUGAUCUUCAUCAAACCCGUCUCGCCACUUACACUCAUCAGCCUGCAGCAGCCGACCCUGACCACACCCAAAAGUGGCCCCGCCCCUCAGCAGUGCUUUUUCCACACGCCAGUGUCGACCAUGGUCACGCCCACUGCGAGUAAGAGCCUGUACAUCCCUCAGAGAAAGCUGGAUGUGAGCUCUGAAGAGCACUGAGCUCAUCCUCAGAUCACGGCCAUGACCACUAAUGACCAACAUCAACAUCACUUUUAUUAUCUGAAUGUUUUGUAGCUUUGGCUUUACCUUUAUGACCUUCUGGUUCUGAUUUUUAACUUGGACUGCCUUGGAAAAACAGAGCCACGUGUGUAUGUGUGUGGGUGUAUGUGCAUGAAUGGAUGUCUGAAUAAACUGAUAAACUUGACCUUAGCAUUGAGGUGCUAGCAUUCUCUGGUUAGCUUUGUAAAAAUACAGUGUUGUAUUGGAAAUGUAUAAAGAACUAUUGUGUGUGUUUGUUUUAAAUAAAUAAAUGUGAGCCUUGUGGGCCACA